UGCUGAUUCUUGGUGUUGUUUAUCGAAAGAAAUGUCGGCUGAUAUUAGUAAAAGGAUUUUACAUUUGCAUGCUUUUGGCUGCAAUAAUUUUAAGUUGGGAACCCUUUAUGACGCCCACACUGAUGAAGUCGUGCCAACAGAGUUCUCCCUGUGGAAGCAAAAUGAUUUGAAGAAACCAGAUGUCACCCACAACACCCAGACUCAUUGUACAGUAAUUGCUUCGGACAAACUGAGUGAGAAACUGAAAAGGCUCGAGGUGGGAGGCUCACUUCAAAUCAGCAUCCUUUCAGGCUUGAUCGACCUCAAAGGACCAGCCAAUUUCCUUAAAAGAAAACCAAAAACUCUGCUUGAAUCAGUCGUUCACGUUCGAUGCCAUCACUACACUGUAGUCAAAUCGCUGACCACCGAGCAAUUGUCCAAAGGCAAAGCUCGUUAUGUGGAUAUCAGCACAAGGGCAGGGUACAGCGAUUCGGCCACCCACGUCAUCACGAAAAUUCAGUACGGAUCCGAGUCCACCUUCACCUUCCGGAAACGCAUCCACCCAGCACAAGUUAAACAAACAAUCGAUGGCCAUUUGACUGCAUGUGCCAGUAAUGUAGUCAAUGCACUGCUAGGGAAAACGCUGUUGGACGAUCCAAACAUCGACAGUCCGGAGAUUGUCGAGUGCCAUUUCGAAGGCGAUUUCAUACUUCCAGAGAAUGUUGCUACCCCAACUACCUACAGAGAAACUCUUGUAUUUGCCAGCCAAUUUCGUGAAAUCUUAUCCCGGUCGAUGGCCAAAUCUAUUGAAAACGAACCACUUGGUAUCCCUUGUCUCGUUUCCCUCUUCCCGUUGGUGAACCUGUCAGGAGUCGAAUGUGUGCCGAGACUCCGACAAGAAAUCAGCAACACCGUGGCGUCCAGAUGCGUUCGACUGAUGGAAGACUAUGAUGAUAUGGAAGAUGAAAUCGAAACCUUGCUCAAAAAUCAACUCGUGGCAGAACUGAGUCCUCUAUUCGAGAAACUGCGAGUCUUCCAACAACUUUUCGAUGCGUUUCGCGCCGACUUGAAGGCGAAAUUGAGAGAUAUGCUCAUCAAUAUCCGCAGCGGCUUUGAUGACGUCGCCUCUUUGGGUCAGCUGUUGAAUCGUUUCUAUAACCAGCAAUUCCCAUUCAAUCCCCGUCGCCUUGGCUUGUGGCUCAAAGAAAAACACGAAGAACUCUGCAUGGUCAAAAGGUUUCGAGAUCAACUUAGCGCCGAAAAACUGCAUCGAGAGCGAAUUCUUAUCUUUCCCAGCGAAGCGUUGCAGCGUGAGCAAAUGGCCACUUGCACUGUGCGAGAGACAUUCCACUUUGUCUUCACUUCUUUGGCACGACCAGACACUCUUCUUGCACACCUGGAAAAUCCAACUUUUGAUGCGGAUGAAAUCGAGGAUGAAAGCAACACGUCACGAUGGUACAGAGACCACCAGGUAGUUGAGCAAAUGGAGCACGAAGCCUUGAAUUUCACGGCUUUCAUCAAAUCCAAAAUGGACGACAAAAGCGUCGCUUUCGCAUUGACAGCCCCCGAUGUGAACGACGAGACGUGCUCCACUGGGUCGUCCAUUUUCGCUUACCGGAGAGGAAUCUUGAUCCGGAAAAAUGCCGUUCAAAUUCUCAGCUCCUGGAUGAAGAUGCAGGUGUUCGCCAACAGGAUUGCCAAAGUGUUGAAGGCGACUGUCACGGAAGCCUUCAUCCAGGAGAUGAUUGAAAAAACGUGCAGUGAAAUCAAGCGCGAAAGGUGGUUGCACGACGCCAGAUUCAUGCACAACUACAUGGAUGUUCGCCUUGCCGAAUGGCUGAAGUCUGCAAAAUGGAACCAGGAGAUCAUCCCGAAAAUUGUGCAUCUGAUUGGUUCUCCGAAAGAGUUUUACAAAAAAGUGCUUGAGAAACUAAUCGCUAAGACAGUGAAAAACGUUGAUGAGGCGUGGAAUGCUUUCGUCAACACUUUGAAACGGGCCAUUCAAAAAGCGGCCUUAGCGACUGAUCCUUCAGCAGACGUCAACGUCACGAGAGCUCAGAAAUUUGUGGACCAGUUGCGAAUCAAGUUUUCCCAAUGUGGUCUCUCCAACUCAGCUGCACUAGAAUCAGCAUUCCAAAUCGAUUGCAGUGGGGAAUACGACGACUUGAAUAGCAAAGGAGAUGUGUCAUUCAACGAAAUCUGGUCUUGUGAAUUGAUCAAAGUCUUGGACAAACAACGUCGUCCAAUCAACUUGGAUAUCGAGAAUUCGUUAGAAAACUUCGAACGGAAAGGCUGCACCACUUAUGUUGUCGAUUACACCACGUUCAGCCGAAAAGUCAUUGAAUACAUGAAAUCCUCGCCAUUUUCGAAAUUCGGCGAGUCGGCUCGUCCACGUUGUGAUGCAUGCUGUCCCAUUUGCAAGGCGCUGUGCAUCGAGGCGACCAAUCAUGACACCAGGAUCACUCCGCACAACGCCAUUCAUCAACCAGCCGGAAUCGUCGGAGUCACGUACCGUGGGGAUCCCGACGGGCUCAGAAAUUUACCCGAACAAAUACCUAAUUCGUUGAUACCCACAACUUGCAGUCAGCGCUACGCACUCAAUCGAUCAUUUUACUUGAACGGCGACGAGCUAUACCACUUCAGAGACUUUGCUAAGGUUUUUCCUGGGUGGAAGGAACCUCUGAUCAACGAAGGUUUGCCUCUCCGAGAAUAUAUUUUCGCCACUUACAACAAAGAAAUAGCCAAAGUGUACCACAAGGUGCCGUGUUGCGAAAUUCCUCGGAAUUAUUUUCGAGAUUUUUGGGACGUCGAAGAGCAGCUUAAAAUGGACCCGCAGAUGAUGUCAAUUACGACUGUUAAUUUAUCCGAAAUUUUUUAUUAAUUUUGGCUGCACUGAAAUGUUCGAAUUUAAAACCAGAAACAAGUAAGCGCUUUUGAUAACACACAUCACAUUUUAUUAUUAUUACAUGUAUCGAAAACCAUUCAGUCAUUUCAAUUUGGAAUAGUGUUAAAUGAAAUGGAAUCGGUGCUAUUAUUUUGGCGUCCGUCUUUUAAAGUAUGUGGGGUGAUGUACCACUGUGAUAUUCGAAAUAUAUCAGCAUUAUCUA